AAUGAUUGUGGCGUCGGUGGAGGUCACGUGUUUUCAUGUUAUUCUAGGAUUUCUUAUGUUUCUUCUGUAUUUGCUUCUCCAUCAAAUCUACUACCAAAUAAAGCUGCGUCGUGAACGAAAAGUGCCCAACACACUCCACCAAUUCGAGAACAUUCCCGGCCUGCACACAAUCCGUACGCCCAGCCACACCUUCUUCUGUGGAGCACAAAACUACCGUCAGAGCUCCAAGAAUCCACAAAUCUACAGUCAAGACCGUCUAAAAGUGCAGAGGCUCUUGCGGAAGCUGCUCGAAAAUCCACAGAUCCACGUACCCGAGAACACUGUCGCCGUGUGUAUUCCCACGUGGUGCUCGGUGACCGGAGCCCGUUUCCACGAAUUUCAGUGCACCCCGCCGGCGCCCUACUGUCCGUGUCCGACAAUACUCUCGGAGUUCCAUUACACAUAUAAGAUGGUCUCGGCACGAGUUCAGGCAACGUUUUACCAUAACAGGCGGUGCACUUGCCUGGCGGGGAUCUGCAUUUACCUACGAAUACCCAAUGAGCCGUGGUACUUUGGAGACCUGCCGGAUGAACUUAUUUUUGACCUGAUUGGACCCGGUGUCAAGCGAUUUAUCUCGCCACGUGGCAGACGACGUCACUCGCCGUUACUCCUGCCACCGGUACCAUCAGCUCCAGAAAUGACGUCAUCAUCAGAAGAGGAAUUGGAGCCCGAUGACGUGGCAACGCCAGAAGACCCUCCCGCUUAUGCUACCGUAUUCGGUUAUACAAGAACUGACCUAAUUUCUAGAAUUGAUGAAAUUCCCCCGCCAAAUUAUUAUUCAUUAUUUGUUAACUCUUCUAAAUUGUAGAUUACUGUAGGGGUACUGUAGCAGUCUUUUUUUUUGAAGAUUCAAAACUUUUACGUGUACUCGAGACAUUAUCGAUUUUUGUGUUAAAUUUUGCGUCAAGCUCAGGAAAAUGAAUUUCUUUAAUUUA